AUGGCUCCGAGGGGACCCCACCCCACAAUCCUGCUGCCCCUUCUCCUCCUGGCCGCCAGCCUGGCCCAGCUCAGUGAAGGCGCCAGCUACUCGCAGUUCUUGAACCAACACAUCGACCUUCCCAAGAGCAGCACCUCCAGUGACCAGAACUACUGUGAACUCAUGAUGCAGCGCCGGAGCCUGACCCGCCCUUUCUGCAUAACCAGCAACACCUUCAUCCAAGCCCCCACCAACCAAGUCCAGGGCGUUUGCAGCAGUGGAAGGAAACGGAUCCGCGACGUCUACAACAGUAUCACACGCUUCCACGUUGCCACAUGCCAGCUGACAUCCAUUUCCCCACUAGGGCUAUCUACAAGGCUAGAGUCUGGACCCGCAGCAUCUAUGUGA